GAGCUACAUUUAAUCCUCGAGGGUAAAAUUUUAUACAGCGUUUGAUGGUGGGAGUUGCCUUGUCUUGUUGUGCAAAUGCAGACAUGAAAGUUUCAUUGUGAUCAAGCUUGAUAAUAUAAAACCUCCAGUAAAUCCUUAUAUAUGUUCAUAUAUCAGCUUUUACUGCCCGUUGUAUUGCUUCUUCUCAUACUCGUGGCAAAAUGCAUUUCUCCGCAUGGAAGACACAGGCUCGUUACAUGAGAGUAGAGGUUUUAUUAUUUUUCCACUUGACGAUCCUCAUAUCCUCUCUCAGGACUACCGAUUCGUAUCCUGCAAGGCAACUCUCGUCCACUGCCAUGAAAGGCACUAUUGCCAGUAUACUUUUGCCAACAGGGAUCCUGAAAACCCCCGUCCCUUCCUCGUCAGGAAUAUCAACUUUAUCAACAACAACUCGAACGAGAAGCAGUAAUCAUUUUAUAUAUCCCAAUACUUCCGACUCAUCGCAAGCAUCGCAAGUUUCAGGAAUCCGGCUACAAAGCUCUGCAAAUGCAAACUCCAUAUUGACGACAACGCAAUCUUCUCAGAAUUUCUCAACGCACUCAAAUUUCAGUACAGAUUUCAGGUCUUCAAUCACAUCAAUACCAAGUACAAAAGCAGUUUUUGCUCAUUUUAUGGUAUGCUUAUACUCAGCUGAACGUUUCAUAAAUCAGAUCUCUAAUAUUGAAUAGGUUGGAAAUGUCUAUUCUUGGGACCAAAGCAAUUGGGAAAGCGAUAUAGCUCUGGCGCAAGAUGCCCAUAUUGAUGCUUUCGCACUCAAUAUUGCUUACGGGGACUCAACCGUAUCUACAUCUCUGGAAUAUGCUUUUGCUGCAGCGAAUAAUCUGGGAUUCAAACUAUUUUUUUCAUUUGAUUAUGCCGGUAACGGGGCAUGGCCUUUACAGGAUAUUACAGCCCUUUUGAUGGACUAUUCUUCGGACUCAGCGUACUACCUGUAUGAUGGUAAACCUUUUGUUUCUACCUUUGAAGGACCAAGUAGUGGGUCUGAUUGGUUAGCCAUUAAAGAAGACACAGGCUGUUUCUUCAUUCCAGAUUGGUCCUCUCUUGGAGCCCAGGCUGCAACAGAGAACGCUGAUGGCAUAGCUGAUGGGCUCCUGAGCUGGGCAGCAUGGCCAUGGGGAAAUAGCAACAUGAACACCUAUGUGGACGCCUCAUACUUGCAGUUCCUGAAUAGCUCCGGUACUCCAAAGCCGUACGUAAUGCCCGUCUCACCGUGGUUUUAUACCAAUCUUCCUGGUUACGACAAGAACUGGGUAUGGCGAGGGGACGAUUUGUGGUAUGACCGCUGGGAAGAGGUUAUGUAUAUUCAGCCUGACUUUGUGGAGAUUUUGACAUGGAAUGACUUCGGAGAGUCACAUUACAUCGGCCCACUUCAUGAAGAGCAAUUUGAUCUCUUUGAGAUGGGCCCCUACAACUUUGUAACCAACAUGCCGCACGAUGGAUGGCGGCUAUUCCUUCCUUACGUGAUUGACACAUACAAAAAAGGGAUCGCUUCUAUCACGGAGGAGGGGCUUGUCACUUGGUAUCGUAUCAAUCCAAUAUCGUCGGGAUGUUCGACAAAUGGGACCACUGGUAAUACGGCCAGUCAGCUCCAAUUGGAGUUCAGUCCAGAAGAAGUAGUCCAAGACAAAAUUUUCUUUUCCGCUCUUCUCACUUCGAUGGCUGAUAUUGCAGUCACGGUCGGAGGUGUAUCACUGCCCGCGAGCUGGGACAAGAUUCCAAGCGACAAUAUUGGUAAGUGAGGUAUUCGAUUCUUUUUAACACGAAACCCAUCCUCUACGCGGCAAUACGUUGUUUGAUAUUUCAUUAACCAGAUUUAGGGAUUUUUCAUGGGAGCAUCUCUUACAAUGGGGAAUAUGGUGCGGUAGUGGUGACUGUGUCAAGAUCUGGCAGCCUAAUUGCCUCCGUCAACGGUGCGUCAAUUACCACAAGCUGCACAGAUGGAUUCAUGAACUUAAACGCUUGGGUGGGAAGUGCUGUUGGUAAGUGACCAAUUCAUCUGUUUUUAUUUUCAUUGUUGCCGCCGUAGAUCAUGUUUCAAUGAUCGGCUUACCUCAUGCUUUGUUGAAGGGACAUAAUGCUUAAUUUUCCGGGUUUAUAGGAGAGACUAUUUCGGCUGCAUCACCCAAUCUCAAAAUUUCCGAUCAAGUAUGUAUAGCAGGGAAUGGUACUGGCAAUUUCAAUGGCCUUUGUGAGUUCUCUUGUGCCCUUGGGUAUUGUCCUUUUGGAUCUUGCUAUUGCACGGCAAUGGGACCUCAAGUAAAAUUGCCUACAGCCCUAGGGGUCAAAGGAUACCCCAUAGCAAGUGGUAACGAUGAUUACGAUGGUCUUUGCGCUUUUGCCUGCAAUUAUGGUUAUUGCCCUCCCACGGCUUGUGGUACUAUAUCGGUGCCACUAGCUACUCCUGCGGUAUCACCUUUUACACCUGACACUUGUGUCGAUGGUACUGGACCUGCAGAUAUUUUAGGACUCUGUCAAUACAGCUGCAACUAUGGAUUUUGUCCAAAUCAAGCGUGUACUUGUACACAGACUGGUGCACUGAUUCCUGCACCAGCAGCAACUCACAGUGUUAGUGGAUAUGGGGCUCGAGGGGAAUAUGAGUUAGAUUCAUACAAUGGCCUUUGUAAUUUUGCUUGUAGCCGGGGUUACUGCCCCGACCCAUGCAAUGAUCCUGUGCCUGCAUAUCUCUCCUCAUCAGGCACCAUUUUGGUUCCACCCGAGAUUUGGACGACCUCAGAUCCUAUUGUUGGAUGUGAAAAUCUACCUUGCACUUUGGUAUUCCCUCCACUAACGUUAAGCACCAUGACAACCAUAUCUAUUCCACCCUGGACAACUUCAUUGGUAGAAAGUUAUGUUACCACAAGAGUAGCUACAUUCUGGGGAGGGACGACGGUGAGCCUUGGGGGAUAUCUCUUGGUGACUCAAACAACAGUCAUUACAAUGCAAGCUAGUAAGUGGCUAUCCUACUACGUGCAAAAUUUCCUUAACAAAUAGUUCAGUCACAACAAAUCAAAUCCCAGUAUGGGAGCAAAUUAUCCCAACUGACGAAGUCGGACCUUUGAUACUCAAUAUGACAAGCAGUAUUGACUUGCCCACAACGGUCUUGACAAUAAUUCCAACUCCUCCAUCAGGUACAACCCAGCCGCCAAUCACAACAACAAUAACGCCACCACCAUAUCCAUGGUCCCAAACAACUCGCGAUUCUACCCUAAACACAAAGUCCACAACCUGGACUCGCGGUCCUCCUAAGUCAACUUGCACAUCCGGGUGUGGGACACCGUGUUCCAUUUUCUGUCAUGGCCCUUGCCUUACAUGCCACCCUUUCGGGCCAAAUGCUCAAACCAAUUAUGGAGGUCCUCCAGGUUCAGGCGGCGGCGGCGGUGGUGGUGGCGGCAGCGGUAGUGAUGACAGUAGUAGUGAGAAUGAUUCAAGCUCCAGCGAAUGUUCCACCGUAACAGCGACUACCUGUUCCACAGCGUGUGUUUCUAAUGAUUGCAGCACCGUCUGUUACACUGGCGUGGGAUGCUCAGAGACCGGUACAGAAUGGUUUACGGUUGGUACUCCAGUCCCAGGAUAUCUUGGCGACAUGGAGAUAUGGCCAACAACAACUACAGCAGUUGCUGAUCCAUCUCUCGACGCCGCCUUUGAGGCAAUGUUAACUUCGGACUAUCCAGCAUAUGCAAGUAGACUUGUUUCUGUGGUUUUGAGUACGACAACGCUUUCAGAAUUACCCACCUCUACAGUCUUUAUCACCACUGUGGUUACCGCCUCAAGCCCCAAGCCAACACCUAAACCGACAACAAGUCAAGGCGGCGGGUUCGUUGUUGCAGGGUACACUGUUUGUCAACUUGAAGCUUGUGAAUAUCAAUGGGAGAUAUUUAGUGUCGACUCCGCUACACCGACAUUUCCUGGCUGCUCAACUGAUGGGGCUUUGUAUAGCAGUGUGGUUACAACUCCGCCCCGACAAACAGGUCCUAUUCCUAGGCUGGGGCCCUUUCCCGCCAACGGUCGUAGCGAUUGCUAUUUUGAUAAAGGGAUCGACUGUGGUGUUAACGAAGGAUUUAGUUUCUCCUGUAGUGGAUGUGAUAAAGUAGGACUGGAAGUUAAUGUUUGUGACCUCCAAGAACCAGUGAGUUGCGAAGUUGAUGGGAGAGAAAGUUAUCAAGCAGCAGUGUAUUGCUUUUGGUAGUAUUUUGAAAUUUAGGAUGUGUACUUUAGUAAUAUAUAGAAUAAGAAACUAAAAGUAGAAUUUAAGAGGCGCCCGCAACCCCACGACUUUCCCUUCACAAGAGAUGACAAAUGACCUUACCAUGAACAAUUUUCAAGGCAACAUGAAUCAUAAGAUUAGCCAAGGAACAAGCAGUCGCACAAUCUCAAAAUGUAUCAGAAUGAAAUUGUUUUUGUAGACGAUGAUGUCAAAUGGAUUUGUACUGAUCUAGAGGAACCCUCUUUUGACCGCAACCAAAUUAUCCCGCACCGCCGCCUCCAUACCACGCUGUUGGUACAGUUCCAUUAUUAGAAGGCAUGUUUAAGUCCGGAAAUGAAUAAUUGGGGUUCCAUAAAUCCUCUUCCAUGCUUACUCCGAUAUCAAAAUCAAUCAUUUGAUUCAUCUCGUCCCAAAAUGAUGUAUCCAUUUCGAAGUUACUAAAAUCAACCAGGUUCGCAGUAGAGCCG